AUGAUCAAGAGAAUCUUCAAUUACCUCUUUUUGACGUUGCUCAUCCAAGUGACAAGCUACGAAUGCGCUGGCAAAAGACACGUCCACCUGAAGAUCCACGUGCCAGACAUCGUCAAGCACCUGAUUCACACGAAGGUGGUGUUCCUGCACGUGCACAGACCCGCGCCGAAGAAGCCUAAAUCCCAUCACAAGGAGUAUCAUCGCGAGAACUGGAGUUCCUGGAGCAAUUACGGGCACCACCACGAUUACAAGAACGAGGGCGGCGAGAUUAAGCAUUCCGAAGGUCACGAGGACCAAAGCGAUCGCGAGCCGCAGGAUCACAAGAAGCACGUUCCUCCGUACGAUCGUUACAAAGAUUCUUAUUCUCCGCAAUACGACCACGAGAACAAUAAUCUGGAGCAGAACUCGAAGAAUCCCGAGCAUGGCCAGUACGCGGUUCACGAAGACGUGAACGAUGUGCCUCACAACGGGGAGGCUUUCUCUUACAAUUACGAGGAAGGGUAUAGAAAGGGGUUGGAGACGGAGAGCGGACACGUUCGCACGGACCAGUCGAGUAAAUUCCACGACGACCACCACGAGGAACAGGACGAAGCUGAGAACGACGGUUUCAAGGAAGAUUUCGAGGGGAAGACCGAUGCAGGACGGUAUCUUGUCGAUGACGUCGAGUACGAGGGUGCUAGAGACAAAAGGGAUGGGAGACGGAGAUACCGGACAUUAAGGAAAUCGUAG